AUGAUGCCCAGGCAUCAAGCAACCGCAUAUUCUAAUGGAUACCCUCGCAAGAGCGAUCCAUACUCUAAGAGCGACACAUACUCCAUAUCACCACAUAGGUUCCAACCAAGGACGUCACCGCCAGCGCUGCGCCGUCGAAGGCAGCUUCUCGUUCGUUUGACUCUCGUCUUAGUAUUCGCAUUAGUAGUUGGACUGUUUAUAUGGCCUGGUGCCGCGGUCCUUCCAGUAUUAUCCUUUGGCCUCAUAUCCUCAGGGGAGGACUUUCAACUCGAAACCGUUCGAUAUUACGAUCUUUCAAAUGUACAAGGGACGGCUAGAGGUUGGGAGAGAGAGGAGCGGAUCUUACUUUGUGCCCCCCUUCGUGAUGCCGAGCCCCAUUUGCCAAUGUUUUUCGCGCAUCUUCGUAAUUUUACAUACCCGCAUCAUCUUAUAGAUCUUGCAUUUUUGGUCUCUGAUUCCAAGGACAACACCCUAUCUUUGCUCUCGGAGCUUUUGGAGAAAUUACAAGCCGACGAGGACCCAAAACAACCAUAUGGUGAAAUAUCUAUCAUCGAAAAGGAUUUUGGUCAAAAGGUCAACCAGGAUGUAGAGAGUCGUCAUGGUUUUGCCGCACAAGCAAGCCGAAGAAAGUUGAUGGCACAAGCUAGAAAUUGGCUUUUAAGCGCUGCAUUACGUCCUUAUCACAGCUGGGUCUACUGGAGAGAUGUGGAUGUCGAGACUGCACCUUUCACAAUUCUAGAGGAUCUGAUGCGUCACAAUAAGGACGUCAUCGUACCUAAUGUUUGGAGACCAUUGCCCGAUUGGCUUGGAGGAGAGCAACCUUAUGAUUUGAAUUCAUGGCAAGAGUCCGAAACAGCCUUAGCCUUAGCUGAUACUCUUGACGAAGAUGCAGUUAUUGUGGAGGGAUAUGCGGAAUAUGCGACAUGGCGUCCCCAUCUUGCGUACUUGAGAGAUCCAUAUGGUGACCCUGAUAUGGAAAUGGAUAUCGAUGGUGUUGGAGGUGUUAGUAUUUUGGCCAAAGCCAAGGUUUUCAGAUCCGGUGUCCAUUUCCCUGCCUUCAGUUUUGAAAAGCAUGCCGAGACUGAGGGAUUCGGAAAGAUGGCAAAACGAAUGAAGUUCUCGGUAGUUGGAUUACCUCAUUAUACUAUUUGGCAUUUGUAUGAGCCAAGUGUGGAUGAUAUUCGUCACAUGGAGGAAAUGGAACAAGAGCGUAUUGCUCGCGAAAAUGAAGAAAAGGAAAAGGCAGAACGUAAUAAGAAGAUGAAGGAACAGUUUGAUGAUCCAACUCCACAAUGGGAGAAGGAUAAGAACGUCAUCGCAGAUGAAGCUCUCAAGGAGAAGAAGGAGAAGGAGAAAGCUGAAGUUAAAGCUAAGGAAGACGAUGGUGCUGCAAAAGCUCCAGACUCCGAGGCCGAAGAAAGUAAGCCAAAGGACAAAGUACAAUAA